AAUCAGAGGAAGAAGAAGUAGAAGCAGCUGAAGAACAAGAAGAAGAACGUUAGGCGUUUUGAACCUAUUAUAGCUGAGCUAGUGUACCAUCAUAAAUAUUAUAAGCUACCACGGAUACUUAUAGACUUAGCAACCAAAAUGGCUGAGCUGAAGGAGAAUAAUAUCAGCUCUAUCCCUAUUGAUCAUUUCAGCAAAGGAAGGGUCACUUCUGUAUGGACAUUGCUGAGUUCUGUACAGUGGUCAGAGUCCUGGUUGAUGGGACUAUUGGCAUUCCACGCUGUCUGCUUUACAGUUACUCUGUUGACGUGUAGGUUUUACCGACUACAGAUUUGCCAUUUUCUCAUAAUGGUUGUCAUGGUCUACUCUGCUGAAUACCUAAAUGAGAAGGCAGCUAUGAACUGGAGGUCAUUCUCUAAUUUCCAAUAUUUUGACUCACAAGGAAUGUUCAUAUCUUUGGUUUUUUCAAUUCCCCUCUUAAUGAAUACAAUUAUUAUUGUGAUGGUGUGGGUCUAUAGGACAUUUGAGACAAUGACAGCGCUGAAAACCCUGCAACUGAAACAAAAAGCAAUGAGAGAAAACCGGAAGAAAACUGAAUGAUUUGCGAUGGACAAAGUGGUUGUGUUUAGUGAUACACCUCUCCCCAUGUUGAAAAUUCACAUUAUUUUAAACCACAAGUCUUAUGUUUAUUUGAGUGUGGCAUGAAAUGAAAAUAAUUAGCCAGUCACAGUCAAGAUUGUGGGUGAGUUCAAGUGUGUGUGGGGAAAUCGUGAGGUAAACAGUAAAUUUGGGUUGUAGCAUGCCCAAAGAAAACGGCCUUUUUAAUUUUGAAAGGACCAAAAUUACUGUACGAAAGAUGUGCAUUUAUUUAACUUUGAUAUGAGUUUUAAUUUGUUACUAUAACAUAUUUUGUGUCGCAGAUAGUGCUAUAAAAUAUGAAGUCAGGCUUGGCGGAUUCAUGAUGUUUUAUACUGUCUAGCAAACUGGCAAUCUUUCACUCUGAUUGUAGAUGCUCUUCAAUAUUGCCACAAGAGGGCAAUGGUGUUCCAUUGAGUCAGUGGGUCUUCUGUUAUCUGCAGUAAUAUCAUUAAAGAUGGACGUUCUGUGAAAUGAAUUUUCCAAGAAAAGUGUGGUUCAUAAACCAUACAUCAGUAUAGCUGUGUAACCGGUCUGUAUUUUGUGUAGGUCAAACUAAUGUGGGACAAAUUUUAAUAAUUAAAGUGAAUAAUUCACAAGACCACAGAAUGACUGGUUUAAGAAUGAUAUAAUGUACCAAAAAGUGUUUUGUAACAGCUAUAUUUUAAAAAUAGGUAAUUUAAGGGAGAUGAACUUUCUCAUGAUUUGCACAUUUUCCUGUUUUUUAUUCAUGAGGUCAAGAGUUGUUAUUUUAAAGAUGUUUCGAGCAUGGGAGGAUUUGUUAUCUACUGGAACCGUCUGGAUUAAUAGUAACGGACAUAAAUUAUACAACCGAUCUUUUGUAAUCUUGUUGCACAUGUCAUGAAGAGUAAUACAUACAAUUUUAGCGAUUCAAGAUGGGGGUUAUAGACUAAUGUGUCUUAAGAUAUGUGUUAUACAUUGACGUUGACACAAGGAAAGCCUUGUUUUUAAUAACUGUUUAAAAUGUUGUGCUGCCAAAAUAAGUGUUUUCAAAGGCA